UUUCUUCAUAUAAAGGUCGAUAGAUAGAUUCUUAUGCAUAUGCACACGUAUAUAUAUAUGUGUGUGUGUGUACAUUUGUAAACUUACUAUUGGCCCAAGAGUUUUUUCUCUCUAAACAUUCUGCGCACGUAAAUUAAGCAUGGUGCCCCAUUUACUUCAUGGAACGAUCUACGCAACAAUAUUCGAAGCCGAUAAAUUGCAAGGCCGAUUCAGCAUUGAUAAUCUAUUUGGAAAGAGUGACAAUCCUCAUAAAAGAACAAAGAGGUUUCUAGGACAAAUCAAGAGAUUUGUUUUCUGUCGGCCGGAGGUUGUUGGCGCGAAGCUGUACGCCGCUAUCGACUUGGAGAGGGCGAGGGUGGCGAGGACUAGAAUGCUCGACGAGCAUUCUAAUCCUCGAUGGUUGGACAGUUUUCGCAUCUAUUGUGCGCACACUGUCACAAACAUCAUCUUCACGGUGAAAGAAGACAAUCCUGUGGGAGCAACAUUGGUGGGUAGAGCAUAUUUGGCUGCGGAGGAGCUGCUGAGUGGGCAAAUGGUGGAUAGAUGGAUCGAGAUCUUGGAUGAACACAAGAUUCCCAUCCAUAAAGAUUCAAGAAUCCAUGUGAAAAUGCAGUACUUUCCUCUUUCCAAAGAUGUCAAUUGGUCUAAUGGGAUCAAGAAUCCAAGUUUUGGAGGGGUACCCUACACUUUCUUCGGGCAGAGACGGGGAUGCAGGGUUUCCUUGUACCCCGAUGCUCACGUGCCUGAAGAUAGCAUCACGGAUUUCCUCCGCUCGGCCGGGUACUACCGGCCUCAGAGGUGUUGGGAGGACAUAUUCGACGCGAUUGAGGGUGCUCGCCACAUGAUAUACAUCACGGGGUGGUCAGUCUAUACGAACAUCACGUUGAUCAGGGACCCGAGGAGGCCUAGGCCGGGCGGGGAUGUAACCCUCGGAGAGCUGCUGAAGCGCAAGGCGGAGCAAGGAGUUCGUGUUCUGUUGCUGGUGUGGGAUGACAGGACCUCUGUGCCUGAUUUCAAGAAGGAUGGCCUAAUGGCCACUCAUGAUCAAGAAACCAAACAGUUUUUCGAGGGCACGAGCGUGCACUGCGUGUUGUGCCCUCGAAAUCCUGAUGGUGGUAGGAGCAUUGUCCAGGGGUUCGAGGUCUCCACAAUGUUCACCCACCAUCAAAAGACUGUUGUCGUAGACGCUGAAUCCCAUCAAAACCAGAAGAGGAGGGUGGUUAGUUUUGUAGGUGGAAUUGAUCUUUGUGAUGGACGUUAUGACACGAGAGACCACUCCCUUUUUAGGACAUUGAACACAGUUCACCAAGAUGACUUCCACCAGCCAAACUUCCCGGGCGUCUCUGUCAAGAAAGGCGGCCCGAGGGAGCCAUGGCACGACAUCCACUGUCGCAUGGAAGGCCCCGUGGCUUGGGACGUGCUCUAUAAUUUCGAGCAGAGGUGGAAGAAACAGGUUGGAAACCAGCUCAUAUACUCAAUCAACGAGCUAGACAAGUUCCUCAUUCGCCCGAUGGAGGUCACAUCCCCAGAAGAUCCUGAAACUUGGAAUGUGCAGCUGUUUAGGUCGAUUGAUGGUGGGGCUGCAGCCGACUUUCCGAAGUUACCUGAGCAACAGGCAGAAGUUGGACUUCUGAAUGGGAAGGACAACGUGAUAGAGAAGAGCAUCCAAGAUGCAUAUAUCUUGGCUAUUCGUAGAGCAAGAAGAUUCAUAUACAUUGAGAACCAAUACUUUAUUGGUAGCUCAUUUGAUUGGAAGAAAAGCCCAGAGAUCACAAUUGAGGACAUAAACGCAUUGCAUCUCAUUCCUAAAGAACUAUCCCUCAAGAUAGUGAGCAAGAUUCAAGCAGGAGAGAGAUUCACUGUCUACAUUGUGAUCCCAAUGUGGCCGGAAGGCAUACCCGAGAGCGCCUCGGUUCAGGCCAUACUCGACUGGCAGAGAAGGACGAUGGAGAUGAUGUAUACAGACAUUUACAAUGUUUUAUCAGCAAAAGGAAUCCACAAUGUGGAUGCGAGGGAAUACUUGACUUUCUUCUGCCUUGGCAACAGGGAAGUCAAGAUCCCGGGGGAGUACACUCCCCUAGAACAUCCUGAGCCCAACACCGACUACAUCAAAGCCCAACAAGCUAGGAGAUUUAUGAUUUAUGUUCAUUCAAAGAUGAUGAUAGUUGAUGAUGAAUACAUAAUUGUGGGAUCAGCCAACAUCAACCAAAGAUCGAUGGACGGGGGUCGAGACAGUGAGAUAGCAAUGGGAGCAUUCCAACCUCAUCACCUGGCGACAGAUCUAUCUCCUGCCAGGGGAGAGAUAUUCGGCUUGAGAAUGGCCUUAUGGUGCGAGCACCUUCUGCGCGAAGACGACACUUUUCUUGAUCCCGGGAGCCUAGAAUGUGUUCGGAAUGUCAAUGCAAUUGCCGAUCAGAAUUGGAGAUUUUAUUCAAGUGAGACAUUUGGGGAAGAUAUUCCCGGCCAUCUUCUCAGCUACCCGAUUCUAAUUUCGAGUGGUGGUGAGAUCAGUGCAAUUCCAAGCUUUGAAUUCUUUCCUGAUACAAAAGCUUCAGUCCUUGGAAGUGUAUCAACAUAUCUUCCUCCCAUUCUAACUACAUGACCAAGAAAUCUGGGCACACAAUAUGUGAUCAUUCCUUCAAAACUGUACUCCUACGAAGUUAUUCAAUCCUAGGUGCCUACUCUAUUUUAUACUGUAUUUAUACCAUGUGUAUCUAUUCAAUAUGAAGUAGACAUGAAUCUGUGUAAUAGUAUAUAAAUAUGUUCUCAAUGCAUCAA